AUGGUUUUGUUUCAUCUCUCUUCUCCAGCUGAAUCCUGUGGAGGCGUAGUUCAAGGCCUGAACGGCACCAUAGAGUCACCAGGUUUUCCCCACGGCUAUCCCAACUAUGCCAAUUGCACAUGGCUGAUAAUAACAGGGGAGAGGAACCGAAUCCAGCUAACCUUCGUCACGCUGGCAUUGGAAGAAGAUUUUGAUAUUGUAUCAGUUUACGAUGGACAGCCGUCACCUGGAAACUUAAAGAUGAGGUUGUCAGGAUUCAUGCUGCCCUCCCCCAUAGUUAGCAGUGGAUCCAUAUUGGCCUUGUGGUUUACCACAGAUUUUGCUGUGAGCGCACAGGGCUUCAGAGCUGUAUAUGAAGUCCUGCCCAGCCAUACAUGUGGCACCCCCGGCCUCAUUCCAAAUGGAGUCAUUCAUGGCUCGAGAUACAACAUGGGGGACAAGAUCCGAUACAGCUGUGAGUCAGGAUUUGUGCUGGAAGGCCACAUUAUCCUCACAUGUAUUGUAUCACCUGGCAGUGGAGCACAGUGGGACUUCCCAUCACCGUUUUGUAGAGCGGAGGGAGUGUGUGGUGGUACGUUACGAGGCACCGCAGGUUCAAUAACCAGCCCAGGGUACCCUGCAGAGUAUGACAACAACCUGGAUUGCACAUGGUCAAUCCUUGCAGAACCUGGGGACACUAUAGCUCUCGUUUUCAAUGACUUCUUAUUAGAGGACAAAUAUGACUUCCUAGAAAUCAGCGGGACAGAAGCACCAAGCAUAUGGCUGACUGGUACAACCGUGCCCUCACCGGUGAUUUCAAAUAAGAACUGGCUUCGGAUACACUUCACCUCAGACAGCAAUCAUAGAAGAAAAGGAUUCAGUGCUCAGUAUCAAGUGAAGAAAGCAAUAGAGUUGAAGUCCAGGGGGGUAAAGAUGAUGCCCAGUAAAGACUCCAAUCACAAAAAUGCUGUCUUGAGUCAAAGUGGUCUAGCCGGAGAUGUCUGCCCAGAUCCUGGAGUCCCUGAAAAUGGCAAGAGAAUGGGCUCUGCCUUCCAAGUUGGCUCCAGUGUCCAGUUCAGUUGUGAUGACAGUUAUGUUCUGCAUGGAUCUAAAAGUAUAACCUGUCAACGAGUCACUGACACACUGGCUGCCUGGAGUGACCACAGACCCAUCUGCAGAACUCGUACCUGUGGCAGUAACCUAAGGGGGCCCAGAGGGGUGAUAACUUCUCCUAACUACCCUGUCCAAUAUGAAAACAAUGCACAUUGUGUGUGGGUCAUAACUGCAAUGGACACUGGGAAGGUUAUAAAGCUGUCUUUUGAGGAAUUUGAUCUGGAGCGAGGAUAUGACACACUGACGGUGGGAGAUGGUGGGAAGAUAGGAGAUACCCGGAGAGUUCUCUAUGUACUUACUGGCUCCAGUGUCCCUGACUUGAUCGUGAGUUUGUCCAAUCAGAUGUGGCUACAUCUCCAGUCAGAUGACACAAUUGGCUCUGCGGGGUUCAAGGCAAUAUAUGAAGAGAUCGACCGUGGAAGUUGUGGUGAUCCUGGGGUGCCAGUAUUCGGUCGCCGUAGUGGCAAUCGCUUCCAGCAUGGUGACGUAUUGACCUUCUUCUGCCAGUCGGCGUUUGAACUUGUAGGAGAGAAAACCAUCACGUGCCAGCACAAUAACCAGUGGUCUGGAAAUAAGCCCAGUUGUGUUUUCUCCUGUUUUUUCAACUUUACGGCUCCAUCUGGAACUGUAUUGUCUCCAAACUACCCAGAGGAGUAUGGUAACAACCUUAAUUGUGUGUGGUUGAUAAUCUCUGAACCAGGAAGCCGCAUACACCUCCUCUUCUCUGACUUUGACCUGGAGCCACAGUUUGACUGGUUGGUGGUCAAAGACGAAGGUCUGUCUGAACCAACAACAUUUGGUACAUUUUCUGGAAAAGACGUUCCAGCCCAGAUCGCUUCAAAUGGGCACAUCAUGAGACUGGAAUUUCAGUCUGAUCAUUCUAAUACUGGAAAAGGCUUCAAUAUCAGCUAUACUACAUUUGGACAAAAUGAAUGUCAUGACCCAGGCGUCCCCAUCAAUGGUCAAAGAUAUGGUGACCAGUUUCAGCUUGGCAGCUCAGUGGCUUUUCGCUGUGAUCAAGGAUUUAUAAGGACACAGGGGUCGGAUCAAGUCACUUGUAUCCUUCAGGAUGGAAAUGUUGUUUGGUCUGCAGCUGUACCCCGCUGUGAAGCUCCUUGCGGAGGCCAUCUCACAGCUCCUAUUGGCGUUGUGCUGUCUCCUGGUUGGCCCUCCUUUUAUAAAGACUCUUUGAGCUGCCAGUGGGUGAUUGAAGCACAAACAGACCAUGCUGUGAAGAUACACUUUGACAAAUUCCAGACGGAGGUCAACUAUGACACAUUAGAGAUCAGGGAUGGCCCUUCAGCCUCUUCUCCCCUGAUCGGUGAAUACCAUGGCACCCAAGCCCCUCAUUUCCUGAUUUCCACAUCCAACUUCCUGUUCCUGUUGUUCACCACAGACAACAGCCGCUCUGCCGCAGGCUUCAGUAUCCGAUAUGAAAGUGUGAAAAUGGAGUCUGACUCGUGCCUUGAUCCUGGUAUUCCAGUCAAUGGUCGUCGUCAUGGCAGCAGAUUUUCCAUUGGCUCUCGUGUCUCUUUUACAUGUGACCCUGGAUACACACUUAGUGAUCAAGAGCCAAUUGUUUGUGAGCAGAAUCAUCAGUGGAGUCACGCUCUUCCCAGUUGUGACGCUCUUUGUGGAGGCUAUGUUUUUGGCAAAACUGGGACGAUUCUCUCUCCUGGAUUCCCUGAUUUCUACCCCAAUUCUCUUAACUGCACCUGGACUAUCGAGGUAUCACAUGGAAAAGGAGUCCAUUUGGUUUUCCACACCUUCCAUCUGGAGGAGAACCAUGACUACCUGUCCAUCACUGAGGAUGGGAAUUUCCAGCUUCCAGUAGCUCGACUCACAGGCUCAGUGCUGCCCCCCAGUGUUAAGGCUGGACUUUAUGGGAACUUCAGCGCACAGUUACGAUUUAUAUCAGACUUUUCCAUGAGUUAUGAAGGAUUCAAUAUUACUUUCUCAGAGUAUGAUUUGGAGCCAUGUGAGGAUCCUGGUGUUCCAGCGUUCAGCAGGAGGAUGGGAUUCCAAUUUGGCGUUGGCGACUCGCUGGCCUUCUCCUGUUUCCAGGGCUACAGACUUGAGGGUGACAGUAAGAUCACUUGUCUUGGAGGUGGCAGGCGAGUCUGGAGCAACACUCUACCACGAUGUAUAGCUGAGUGUGGAGCCACUGCACUGGGACCAGAAGGCGUGCUCCUUUCUCCGAAUUUCCCCUCCAACUACGAUAACAACCAUGAGUGCAUUUACCGCAUCACUACUGAAAGAGGAAAAGGGAUCAGGCUGAAAGCUGAGAGCUUCUCAUUGCAAGAUGGAGACUUUCUGAAGGUGUAUGAUGGUGAGAACUGUUCAUCCCGUCUCCUUGGCAACUUUACACUUGAUGGCAUGUUGGGUCAUGCCAUCAAUAGUACAUCCAAUCACCUGUGGCUAGAGUUCAAUAGCAAUGCCUCAGGAACCAAUCAGGGCUUCCGCCUCACUUACACAAGUUUUGACCUAGUACAUUGCGAGGAGCCUGGUGUUCCUAGUUAUGGAUAUAAGAUCCAGGAUGAUGGUCAUUAUGCCAACACUUUUGUUCUGUACUCCUGCAACCCCGGAUACAGUCUCCAUGGCAGCAGUACACUGACCUGUCUUAGCGGUGACAGACGUGUCUGGGACAAGCCGCUUCCUUCCUGUAUCGCGGAGUGUGGAGGUCACAUAACUGGAGCAGUGUCUGGGCGGAUUCUGUCCCCUGGAUACCCUGCUCCAUAUGACAACAACCUCCACUGUACCUGGACUAUAGAGGCUGAUACAGGAAAAACUAUCAGCCUUCACUUUAUUGUCUUUGACACGGAGGUCGACCAUGAUAUUCUGAGAGUUUGGGAUGGUCCAUCUGGGCCAUCAGAUGGUGGGAUCCUGUUGAAAGAAUGGUCUGGCCCAGCUCUACCUGAAGAUAUCCACUCAACCUUCAACAUACUCACACUGCAGUUCGAUUCAGAUUAUUUCAUCAGCAAGCAAGGAUUUUCAAUCCAGUUUUCUACCACAACAGCGACAACCUGCAACGACCCUGGCAUCCCUGUAAAUGGUUCUCGGUAUGGGGACAGUAAGGAGCCAGGAGACAGUAUGACUUUCCAGUGUGACCCUGGUUAUCAGCUGCAAGGCCAUGACACAAUCACAUGUGUGCGGAUGGAUAACAGAUUCUACUGGCAACCUGACCCACCAACAUGUAUGGCGACCUGUGGGGGUAACGUCAGCGGCCCCUCCGGUGUGAUUCUUUCUCCUAACUACCCACAGCCUUACCCUGCCGGGAAAGAGUGCGACUGGAGAAUUAGAGUCAACCCUGACUUUGUCAUCGCCCUCAUCUUCAAAAGUUUCAAUAUGGAGCCAAGUUACGACUUCCUGCACAUCUAUGAAGGUGAAGACUCUAAUGGGCCACUUUUAGCAAGUCUCCAAGGCAACCAGGCCCCAGAGCGAAUAGAGAGCAGUGGUAACAGUCUUUUCCUGGCAUUCAGAUCUGACGCCUCACUGGGCAUGUCUGGAUUUGCCAUUGAAUAUAGAGAAAAACCAAGAGAAGCCUGUUUUGACCCUGGCAAUGUAAUGAAUGCCAGUCGGACUGGCUACGACUACAAACUGGGAUCUCAGGUCUCCUACAGCUGUCACCAUGGUUACACAAUAUUGGGGGAGGAUACCAUUACCUGUGUCAUGGGGCAUGAUGGGAAACCAGUGUGGGACAGGGCACUGCCAUCAUGUAAAGCUCCUUGUGGUGGACAGUAUGGUGGAUCUGAAGGUGUUGUUUUAUCUCCAAACUAUCCUUUAAACUACACCACAAGACAGACCUGCUCCUACUACAUCACCGUUUCCCCACAGUUUGUGGUGUUUGGUCAGUUUGCUGUUUUCCAGACAGCAAUGAAUGACUCGGUGGAGCUGUUUGAUGGAGCCAACGACAAUGCUCGAUUGCUCAGUUCCCUGGCUGGGUCACAUUCAGGAGAAACAUUGCCACUGGCAACUUCCAAUCAGAUCAUGCUUCGGUUCAGUGCUAAGAGUGGCCAGUCAGCUAGAGGAUUUCAUUUCGUCUACCAAGCUGUGCCUCGGACCAGUGACAGUCAGUGCAGUUCAGUACCAGAGCCCCGAUAUGGAAGACGAAUUGGUUCAGAGUUCUCGGCGGGUUCUUUGGUCCGUUUUGAGUGCAGUCCAGGCUAUUUAUUGAAGGGAUCCAGUGCUAUUCAGUGUCAAGCUAUACCUGGUGCCCUCGCACAGUGGAAUGCAACAACACCAACCUGUAUAGUUCCCUGCAGUGGCAAUUUGACUGAACGUCGUGGUACAAUACUGUCUCCUUCAUACCCUGAACCUUAUCCAAACAGUCUCAACUGUCUGUGGAGAAUCCAUGUCAAUGAAGGGGCUGGAAUACAGAUCCAAGUCAUAACGUUUGCAACUGAGCACAACUGGGACUCUCUUGAGAUCUACGAUGGGGGAGACAUGACAGCUCCAAAAUUAGGGUCAUUCUCUGGAACAACAGCUCCCGCCCUGCUAAACUCAACAUCCAAUCAGCUCCUUCUGCACUUUCAGAGUGACAUCAGUGUGGUUGCAGCAGGCUUUCACCUGGAAUACAAGACGGUUGGCCUUACCACCUGCCCAGAACCAAUGAUCCCAGCCAAUGGCAUUAAAACAGGAGACAGAUAUAUGGUUAAUGAAGUGGUGGCUUUCAGUUGUGAAGCUGGGUACACACUACAGGGCCACUCUCACAUUUCCUGCAUGCCUGGGACUGUGCGGCGAUGGAACUACCCACCACCUCUUUGCAUAGCUCGUUGUGGCGGGGUCCUAUCUGAGAUGAGUGGUGUCAUCCUUAGUCCUGGUUUCCCUGGCAACUACCCUGGCAACCUGGACUGCACCUGGCAAAUCACCCUGCCAGCUGGAUAUGGAGCCCAUAUUCAGUUCCAAAACUUCUCUUCAGAAGACAACCAUGACUUCCUAGAGGUCAGGGCUGGACCACAGCACAGCUCUGCACUUAUUGGUCAGUUUACUGGCUCACAGAUUCCACCUUCUCUGAUGAGCACGACCCACCUGACAAUCAUCCACUUCUACAGUGACCACUCAGAGAAUAGGCCAGGGUUCAAACUGACCUAUCAAGCUUAUCAACUUCAAAACUGCCAGGAUCCUUCUCCCUUUCCCAACGGUGACAUCAUCAGCAGUGACUACAGUGCUGGCCAAUCAAUAACUUUUCAGUGCUACCCUGGUUAUGUUUUGAUUGGACACACAGUACUAACAUGUCUGCAUGGCACCAAUCGGAAGUGGAACCAUCCAUUUCCUCGCUGUGAGGCUCCCUGCGGCUACAAUGUCACAGCUGAAAAUGGGACCAUCUAUUCACCGCAGUACCCCAAUGAAUACCCCAACUCCCAAGACUGUAGCUGGCUCAUCACUGUUCCUCACGGACAUGGAGUUUACAUCAACUUUACUUUGCUGCAGACAGAGCCUGUCACAGAUUACAUCGCUGUCUGGGAUGGUCCUGAUACAUCUAGCCCUCAGCUGGGAGUCUUCAGUGGCAACACAGCAUUAGAGUCAGCCUACAGUACCAGCUUGCAGGUCUUGAUUCGCUUUCACUCUGACUUCUCAACAGGAGGGUUUUUCAUUCUCAACUUCCACGCAUACCGUCUGAAGAAAUGCCCUACUCCUCCUGUUGUGGAGAAUGCAGAAAUGAUCUAUGAAGACGAAGACUUUCACAUAGGUGACAUUGUGAAAUAUCGCUGUUUACCCGGAUACACAUUGAUUGGAAAGGUGGAGCUUACAUGUAAACUUAAUUCCCAUUUGCUCUUUGAAGCCCCGCCCCCUAAAUGUCAAGCUCAAUGUCCAGCCAAUGAGGAGCGUUUUUCAUCAUCUGGAGUCAUUCUAAGCCCUGGCUUUCCUGGCAACUAUCCCAACAGUCAGACUUGCUCCUGGCUGCUACGUAUGAUUCCAGGUUACAACAUCAAUAUCUAUGUGGAGAUGUUCCACAGUGAGAAGCAGUUUGAUGAACUGGAGAUUUUUGAUGGAUCCUCAGGACAAAGCCCUUUACUUGUUGCUCUAAGUGGUAACCACUCAUCUCAGCUGAACUUCACAUCUAAAACAAACCAGCUUUAUCUACGAUGGUCCACUGACCAUGCAACCAACAAGAGGGGAUUCAAAAUACGGUUCUCAGCUGCUUACUGCAGCAUUAAUGAUCUUCCUUUGAAUGGAGGGGUGGUAAAUCGAACCAAACUGCAUCCAGGUAGCAGACUUCAGUUCUUUUGUAAUCAUGGCUACCGCCUGGUAGGAUCAAGCAAUGCCACCUGCAGGCUCAGUUCCAAUGGGCUUUACCAGUGGGACUCUCCAACACCUUUUUGUCAAGCUAUCUCAUGUGGGAUACCUCUGUCACCUGGCAACGGCAGCUUCCUUGCUUACCAGUAUACUGUUGGUAGCCAAGUCACUUACCAGUGUAACCAUGGCUACCACCUUGACCCUGCUGUUCCAAUGACAGCUAUGUGUUUGGAAGAUGGCAGCUGGAGUAAUGCUGGUUCGGUCCCCAGAUGCCUACCGGUGCAUUGCUCCAGCAUUGAAGGCAUCUUGUCAGAUCACAUGACCCACCGCCUGCUCUCUGGUAGGCUAGGAGAGUUCGGUUCUAUGGUGAUGUUGGAGUGCUCAUCAGGCUACUAUUUGGGUGUUGGGCAUCGGACUCUUCGCUGUCUCGCCAAUGGCACAUGGGAGGGGUCAGAUGACCCAGCUACUUGCAAGAUCAUCUCCUGUGGAGAACUUCCUUCCCCACCUUUUGGUACCAAACUGGGGACGCUGACUACAUUUGGAGCAACUACAAUCUUUAUGUGUAACCAUGGCUACACGCUGGUGGGGUCACAUGUGAGGGAAUGUGGCGCAAAUGGGUUGUGGAGUGGUGCAGAGACAAGAUGUCUAGCUGGUCACUGUGACUCUCCAGAUCCCAUAGUCAAUGGCCACAUUAGUGGAGAUGGAUCUAGUUAUCGUGACACAGUGGUGUACCAGUGCAUGUUAGGGUAUCGUCUAAUCGGUACAUCAGUCAGAAUCUGUCAACAAGACCAUCGGUGGUCUGGAACAACGCCUGUCUGCGUCCCUAUUACAUGUGGUCACCCAGGAAACCCAGCCAAUGGGCGGACCAAUGGCAGCGAGUUUAACCUCAAUGACGUUGUCAACUUCACCUGUAAUAAAGGUUACAUCCUCAGUGGAAAUGCUCGCGCUCAGUGCAGGCUCAACGGACAGUGGAGCAGCCCCCUACCUGUCUGCAAAGUGGUGAACUGUUCGGACCCAGGCCAUGUGGAGAAUGGUGUCCGCCAGUCUGGCCUACGUUACCCUGAAGUGUUCAGCUAUGGUGUAACUGUCGCAAUCCACUGCAAACGAGGCUUCUACCUUCUGGGUUCUGCACUCCUCACAUGUCAGCAUGACGGACUCUGGGACAGACCAAUACCUCGCUGCCUAGCUAUUUCCUGCGGUGACCCCGGUGUACCACCUAAUGCAGUAGUUUCUGGAAGCCAGAGUUGGACAUAUGGAUCAGUGUUGCAGUACUCGUGUCUGCCUGGUGGAGUUCUCGUGGGCAAUGUUACUCGCUACUGUCAGGAGGAUGGCACGUGGAGUGGAGCACCACCCUAUUGCACCGGUGCAAGUACUGGAAUAUGUGGAGACCCUGGAAUUCCUCCCCAUGGUGUCCGAUUGGGAGGGGAAGAAUUUAAGACCAAGAGCCUCCUGCGUUUUAGCUGCGAGGCAGGAUAUAAUCUGAUUGGCUCAGCUGAGAGGACUUGUCUUCACAAUGGCACGUGGAGUGGUACACAGCCUGUGUGCCAAGCGGUAUCAUGUGGUAACCCUGGCACGCCAGCACACGGCAGAAUUGUCUUCAGUGAUGGCAUCACUUUCGGCAGCUCAGUGGCUUACUCAUGUUGGGAGGGCUUCAAAACGUCAGGCCUGACUACCAGACACUGCACAACAAACGGGACAUGGACGGGACAACCCCCAGACUGCACAGUAAUCAGUUGUGGAGACCCUGGACCUGUUGCAAAUGGGAUCUAUGUAGAAAGUGAGUUUACCUUCAACCACACAGUGACCUACCACUGUAACCCUGGUCACCUGUUGGAACCAAGUGGACCUGGACGCAAUGUUUUGCAUUGCACCAAAGAUGGCACCUGGAAUCAAACUAAGCCCAAUUGUAAAGUAAUCCAUUGUGGACCUCCCCCACAAGUACUCCGUGGCAAAGUGGAAGGGACCGACCACUCCUGGGGAUCGAGUGUUAGCUACAGUUGUUUCAAUGGUUAUCAGCUCUCUGUUCCCGCUGUGCUAACCUGUGGAGGAAAUGGGACUUGGACAGGAGAUGUCCCACAGUGCUUACCUGUCCUGUGUGGUGAUCCUGGCUCUCCUGGGGGAGGAUUCAGAGAGGGGAACACCUUUACUUAUCGGUCAGCAGUCAGGUUUUACUGUCAUGCCCCCUAUGUGCUGGUAGGCUCUUCGUCCAGACUCUGUCAAACGGAUGGGAUUUGGAGUGGUCAACAACCAGCCUGUAUAGACCCAGCCUUCAACAGCUGUCGUGAUCCAGGAACUCCUGCCUAUGGUAUUCCAGUAAUGGCCCAGGGCUUUCAGGUUGGCAGUAAGAUUUCCUUCAAGUGCCGCAAAAACUACCACAUCCUUGGUUCAACAACAAGAACGUGCCUAGAAAAUUUAACCUGGAGUGGAACUCAACCUGAGUGCAUUGCUCAUUCAUGCAGACAGCCAGAGACGCCUAGUAACGUAGAUGUUCGAUCUAUGGACCUGCCUACUCUGGGAUAUACUCUCAUAUACACGUGUCAAGAGGCUUUCUAUCUGGCUGGGGGAUCAGAGCAUAGAACGUGUAAAAGUGAUGGGAGAUGGUCAGGAAAACCACCACUCUGUAAAGUUGGAGUAAAAGUCAAUCCUAAAGAUAGAGGAGAGUCCGAUGUCCAGAAGAACAAGAUUCGUGUUCCAGUGGACGUCUUUUCUCCGAAUUCAGAGUGGAGCGGUUUCUACGAGUAUUUAGGGAAGAGACAGGCCACAACAUUUACAGUUACUGGGUUCAAUUCUUCCAGUGGCCGUGUUAAUGUCACAUUACUGGAGACCAGUGGAGUGUCAAUCAGAUUGUCAGGUACAUAUAAGUCUGAGGAAAACCAGCUAUUACUGAAGGUCUACCAGGUGAAGGGGCCAACUGAACAUUACUACAGCAAAUUUAAAAAUGACAACUGGGCCAUGGAUGGAUAUGUUACUGCAGAGUCCGACCAGAAGACCUUUGUCUACCAGGGACACAUUCACAGUAAAGAUUUUGGCAAGUUCCAUCUGACAAGACAAGGUCCUGUAACCAUGGCAAUGGACCCAUCAAACCCCUACACAAACAGCAGUUCUGUGGCAGCAGCCAUUUUAGUCCCUUUCUUUGCUCUCAUCCUUUCUGGAUUUGCCUUCUACCUCUAUAAGCACAGGGCAUUGUCUGCUGACACAGAUGACAAUGAGAGACCAAAAGACACCUGGGGGCCUGGCGGCAGGACACGUCCAAAGGUCCAGUUCAAUGGCUAUGUUGGUCAUGAGAGCUCCAAUGGUCAGGCAUCAUUUGAAAACCCAAUGUAUGAUACCAACAUGAAGCCCACUGAGGCUAAGGCAGUUCGAUUUGAUACCACACUAAACACAGUCUGCACAGUGGUUUAGUCCACCAAACCUGCCACUGCCUAUAAAAGUGGUUCAGGCCAACCUCCGAGUUGCAGUCUGCAGUGUGGCGUAACCAAACAAAAGAAAAAGGACAAACUUGGACAUGUCCCAAUGGGCAGCCUUUGUGCAACAUGCUGGUCUCCUGUCAGCAUAAUCUGCACAAUAAUGCAGCUCCACCUCCUUCCUGAACAAUGGCAUUAAUGCCUUCUUGACUGAACAGCAAACCUGUACACACCAGGGUAGACAAUGAGGUCAGUAAACAACGUAAAGUAUGUUGUUCCAGAGAUCAAUGCUUGGACAGGAGUUCUUAAACAUUUUUGCAAUUCAAACAAGUGGAAACAAAGAGAAAUUUUAUUUUGGUGAAGUCUCUCCAAAUGCAUGCUCAUCCAGUUUUUGUCAAAUUCUUGAAGAAAUUUGGCCUUAUUGCCUCAUGGAUGGGGCUCUGUAUGGCUAGAGUCCUACGGCCUCUCACUCCUUUCUCAAAGUAAGUAGUUGUUUUUCCCAAUCUAAAGCUAUGUCCCAAUGCUAAAUUUGCACAGUGGUAUAGGCUUACUUUCUCCCCUGCUGCAGACCGGACAUGGGUUCACCCAGUGUGAGGUUUUACCUUCAGGGGAAGCACAUAGACUAUUCCACCACUUAGUCCUUCCAGACAUUAGUUGGCUCCUACAUGUAAACAUAAUACAUCACUGGUGCUGGACCAACAUCCUCCUACUGGACUUCCAAGCCUCUGGAAUCUGUUUGUUAUACAGACUGCUGUGAGUUGACAACCAAAUGCAGUCAGUGCCGUGACAAGUUUAGCCAGACCAAUUUCUUUAAUAAAAAAGUAAAGACAGAUAAAGCUAAACCAGCUGGGGUAAAAUGGAAAUUGCAGAGAAGUUUGGAAUGUUUUAGCCUACUUAGAGAGCUGGAUUAGUUUUAAUAUAGCAGGACAAUCACAGAGUUGGCUAAGUUUUGUUGUCAGUGAAUUGAUUUUCAAAGGGAUUCUUGUAUUUUUCUUUACCUUCACCACUAUUUUGCCUUUUAGAACAACACACUGUACAUUGCAACUAAAUAGGCUAAAACAUAGCAAAUCAAGCUUUUGCAAAAACAUGUUUCCCCUAGGUUUUUAGUCCACAGAACCACCUCUGAAGUGGCUUUAGAUGAAUUUUCAACAUUUCCAAAUAUUAAACAAAUAUAUUUUACUCUUAAAACAGUCCUGCAUGGUAUUCUACUGUAGCAGAAGGUAGACUAUGUUGAACCACAUACUAGACAUUUGCGUUGCCCUAUUGGUGCACACUAUGGACUGGUUGGUAAUUGUAACUGUAAUUUCCCCCUGGGGUUUUAGAAUUUUCCUCUGGGAUAAAUAAAGUAUUUUUCCAUUUUUUUUUUCUUUAUUUAAUUUUUUUCCUGAGGUCUGUCAAACACAAUCAAAGAUUCUUGUUCCUGGACUAGCCACAUUUCUGUGCUUGGUGGCUGAACAAGUGGAAGCCUGGAGGCAAUAAGCUGUCAGGAUCAUCGACUGCAGCAAUCAGCUGUGGCCAAAUCCAGGAAAUGAUUUGUCCUCUUGUUAUUCUGGUCCUGACUAUCAGUCAAGAGAAGACUGAUUCUUUUUCCACAGUGUACUCCCCAGCCACAAAAUCAAAAAUAGCUGAACUUUUUAGCAGACCGGCUGACUGACAGAAAUUGAACAAAUGGACACAGACAAAAGUAGAGUCAGACCCUUCUUUCAGUCAAGAAGCGAUACAAGGACUUGUUGCUGUGGAAACAGAGGCAAAUGGCUGUCUCUGAUAGUCUCUGCUGGCAUUUUUCUUCAGUGAAGAUAUUGAUGAACAGACUCUUGUGUUUAAAAACCCAGUGGCUCAUUGGGACUUCCCAAACCACUGCUGCUGGUAUAAUAUAAACUUUAUAUAAACCGCACAAAUUUUGCACUAGUGUUUUUUUUUUUUUUUGUUUGUUUGUUUUGUUUGUUUGUUUUCUUUCUUCUUUAUUUUUCUUUGACUGGGUUAUGGAAAGAAAAGAAUAAUUUUUUGGGGGUCUGACAUGGGUUUGAAUAACAAAGUCAUUCAGAAAAAGAGAAAAUUUUAUUCAAAAAGUUAUAUCUUUAAAAAGAUGACAAAAUGACUAAAUACAGGGUUACAGUGUUUGUAUAUACACAUUUAUAUUUCUUGCUCCCUGUUUUCAGGUGUGGCCACAUGUUAUACUGUUGUUUAUUUUGUUGCCAUGACAACAUGCUAGCCAACCAGAAAGUUGGGUAAUGUUCACCUGUGGACCACCAGGCAAGAACGAAUUUUUAACCAUUUCUGAAAGCUCUUAUUGUUUCUCAUGCUCAGCAUGUAGAAAAAAAAAGCAGAGCCUCCCAUUCAUAAUAUGGACUCAAAUGUUCAGCUGAUUACUGGUAAAAGCAAACAGAAUUAGUUUUCAGAAACAACUUAUGAUUGUUUCUCAAAGCCUUUUUUUAAAAAAAAGAUGUGUUAGAAAGAUGUGUUCCUUUCUGCCCUUAUUGUGCAUCCUUUCAACACAUUACAUAACUGAUGCUUAUGCAUAAAGUUGCUUGAACACACCUUUUUAAUGUGUACACAUUGCAUUCCUUCUGUUUGAGAAGUGGUUGCCUAAGGCAUAAGACAGAUACAGUAUGAAGACAACAUGCACAAUUAUGGUUGUCAACAAUUAUUGUCCCUUGAGCCCCUCCCCAACCCCAUAUUGUUUGAAAAAAUACCUCGUGUGCAGUAAGUCGAAGCCUGCUUAUCAAUGCUGGAUCAUCACUGCAACAAAUACACAAGCUUUGCAAGUGCAAUCUAGCCCACUUAUAUCAACUUAAAAUGUCACUUUAACACCCAUGAGCCUGCAAGACCGGAUAAAAUUCAUCAGUUUCAAAUCACUUACCAAGCUUGUUAUUUUUCGCAGCGUCUGCUCAAGAUAUUUUAUUUUUCAAAAGAUGCUGCACUUGGUGUAGAUCACAGAUGUAACCGCUUUCAGUGUGUGUCUUCAGGUCUGUUUCCUGCUUCAUUCAUAACAUUAUGGCAUUAACUUUAAACAUCCAGCAUUUUUUGUGCUGUCCAAAUUAAAGCUUAAUUUGUUUUCCACAUUGUCAGUCAUCCAACCACAAUCCAUAUAACCACCACAAAAACGUUGAGUCUCAUUUCUUUCAUUCACUCGUACGGCAUGAUGGUGAGAAGAAAUGCACAAGAGUUGUCUCAUAAAAGACAAAAUGAUGAUUUUCUGCAAGAACCAUUUGUCACAUUCCAACCAGACCAGAUUAAGUCAAAUUAGAGAAUUUCACCAAGAACUCAAAUAAAAGAAAAGCAAAAAAAAAA